AUGGAAGCCCUUUAUCAUCAAACGACUCAAUUAAUACAGGAAACAUCAAAUUUAUUUCAUAAAUUAGAUAAUGAUCCAGAUGCAGAGAAAAUUGAAGGUGCAAUACAAGAAAAGAUAAAUACAAUUAAAGCAAACUGUGAAAAAUUAGAUGUACUCCUUUUCAAGACACCUAUAAAUCAAAGGCCUAUGGCAAAGAUGAGAGUUGACCAAUUGAAAUAUGACAAUACACAUAUACAGGCAUCUUUAACCAAUGCUCGAAACAAAAGGUACAGGCGGGAACAAGAAAAGGCUGAGAGGGAACAAUUGUUGAGUCGUAGAUUCGGUCAUGAUCAUACAGAGAUUAAUGUGGACUACUUGGGCCAAGAACAGGCGUCACUGCAGAAUUCACAUAGGAAUGUCGAUGAAAUGUUGCACACAGGUACAAGCAUUCUAGAGACUUUAAGGUACAAUCGUGACACAUUGAAAGGCGCUCAUAGGCGGAUGAUAGACUUGGCGAAUACCCUGGGUCUGUCCAACGCCACCAUCACCCUCAUAGAAAGAAGGGUCUCUCAAGAUAAAUACGUCCUCUUCGGUGGCAUGUUUGUCACUCUGAGCGUGAUCGCGCUUGUUAUAAUAUAUUUGGUAUAA